GUCAACUCCAAGACCUACAAAACUGCGAACCUGUUUUGAACUUCCUCCCUUCUCUUCAACUCCUCUCCUUCAAGCCAUUGGUGGGUAAACAUCAUGGCAACCUCAGGAGGUCACCUCUUGGUUCCCAAAGCCAUGAGGCUGAUCAGAUAUGUGGGUCGACUCAUUCGUGAGAAGAUACCCCAGGCAGCAAAGCCCGGUAUCGAAGCCAACGCCGAACCUGCCUAUGCCCGAAUCUCUCAGCGUCAACCAGUCAAUCGACUUGACCAAAUCCGACAGGCUCAAAGCCGCUACUACAGCACCAGCCAUACGGUCAAGAAUACUGUUCGUCAUUACUCUUCCCAACCCGGCUCAACUGCUCGACGUCCACGAGCCUCUUAUCCCUCCUCUCGAACCGCUACCGCUGUCGGACGGUCCACUGGUCGAGCACCUUUUGCGGCUACCCUCCGACCAAACCUUACAGGUGGCGCUCUGUGUCGUUCUGCCGGCGGAUAUGGUCUAGGAGGUGGUCGUGUCGGGGGAGCCAGGUACUUUUCCCACUCACCAGCGGCUCCAGCACAGGUAGUCAACAAUGUAUCCCAAGCUGUGCGAGCAUUCUGGCUUUCUGGACAAAAGGCUCGUUUCGACGGUGCAAACCCGCGUACAGGCGAGAAGCGAUACCGGGCUAUCUCCAGUUUGCAAGAGGAUGCAAGACAUACCAUGGACAUGUCUCGAGCCGACGCUCCAGGAUCCUUCAUCGACUUCAAGGUCUGCCCCACCAUCACUGCCGUUGGCCCUUUGAGCACUGUCCCUCGCUCAGAGUCAGCUUCAACCUGUGACUACGAGAUGGAGAAAGAUACCUUGAACAACACCAUCAUCAUGUCGAACCUGUCCGCCGACUUUGGCCGUGCUCUGAAAGAUCUCGCCGCCAUCAUGAACGAUCUCAAACACCUAGCCACGCUAGGCGACUUGCCAAUCACCCUGCACAACAGCACGACUCUGCGAGUGCGCUUCUCAGGCUGCGAUGCAGACACCGUCGAGAAUCUGUGUCGAGAACUGAACAUCAAGCGUGGCAUCGUCGGUCAAGACGAGGACUUUGACGCUCAGAAUGGCACCGACAUGGCAUUGAUGUUUCCGUACGCUCCUAGCAGGACUGCGAGUGAGGUCUGCGUGGAGACGGCCCACAAGAGACCUGCCAAACGCAUCAAGCAAGAUCGUGUUGAGUGGCACGAGAUGCUCACUCCGCCCCAACAACGCUCGCCGGGCUUCUCGCAUGUUUCGGCCACCAGUCAGUCGCAGGAUGCCUUUGAGAUGAUUGACAAUGCUAUGGGUCAUAAUCCGUGGGUUUCGUCGCCAUCGGGUUAUUCCAGUCUGCAUGAGAGCGAAGUUUGGGGCGAUGACGAUGCAGCUAUGUACUUCUUCCAGGCUGAUCAGCCACGAAUGGCAAAACAGCAUGCGAAGUCAGUGAGAGGUGACGAAUAUGAAGGGUUGGAAGGGAUAUAUCGAUUUAUCGAGCAAUGUGACCGAGCCAGAUCCUGAUAUAUGAGGACAGCUCAUUGAUGACAGUGCCAUGCAGGGCCUGCUGGUUUUCCUUAUGUGAAGGGCUGGGCCUCGUAAUGAGCCCGGGGCCCAAACAGUCGUUCCCUUCGAAUGUGUUUCUAGCAGAAAGAGCUACAAUAGCGAGCCUCAAAUUGAAUGAAUCCCCUUGUAACAAA